AUGGCGCUUUCUUCAGCAUUCCACGAACGGCUCCACCACAUGGACUGCACUCGAAUCCAGCGUCUCUCUCUACUCCAGGCCGAGAAAGAGUUACAAGCCUCCAAGUCUCGCGUUUUGGCUUCAAAGCUCGCAAACAUCAGUGCCUCGGAACAGAGGUGCGCGUUGCUCGAUCAGAAAAUAGCGUCACGCCGUUUCAACAUUCUCGCUCUCAGGUCUCAAAUCGAUAACCUCGAAGCCAAGUACGAAUCCCUUUCACAAGAACUAAGGACGUUGCAAAACGAGGUGGAGGAGCUUGAGGAAUUGCGCGACAAGAGAGACAGCUUUUACGAAGCAAAGAGGAUAGAAAUGAAGGAGUUCAGGGAAACUGCGGAGAAGUUUGCGGUGAAAUGUAAAAUGGAAGUUGAGAGUUUGAGGAAUAGAGUGAACGAGCUGAGGUCAUGUUUCAUGGAACUUAAAAGCAACAAUAGGGACUCUCGUAAUUCGGAGAUAGCUGCUGCUGAAACGAGGAAGGUGAAACUCCUGGCUGAAAAGGACAGUGUGUGUAGAAACAUUGAUUAUAACCAACAAAUAAAAGCACAGUUGCAAAAGCAGCUUCAGAGUAUUCUGAUCAUGCAAACUCAAGAUAAGGGAUCAGAGUUCAAUAGUAGUAGCUAACUAUCCCAACGGGGUUUGGGCCUUCCUUUACCAGUUUCUGUUUUUCAGAGGCUUAGUUCUUGGUUUGUAUUGACCAAAUGAAAAAAAGGAAUAUUAUGAUGAUACAUGCUCGAAAGAUAAGCAAUUCAUCUUAGGUUCUCAGUACGAGGAGAAGGCAAGUAACAAAACUUUGAUCAAGGAUUGCUAUGAUUCUUAAUUGUGUUGUAGUAAUAGCCCAAAAUGCAAAAACAGGUGUGUUUGACCCAUGUUCAUCAGCACAAACUUCACUAUUAUUACUGGCUUCUUUUGUAUGUUAAUAUCACAAUUUGAUGUAUAUACAAGAUAAUACUAACCCAUGUUGCCUUUUGUAAUAUCACAUGUAUACAACCAAUUG